AUGAAGACGAAUCGGCGCAAAGUAUCCAGGGCUUGCGAGAGAUGCCGUAAGCAAAAGCUAAAAUGUGAUAUCGAGCGCCCAUGCACUCUAUGCUUACGAGCAAAUGUGGAAUGCAUUGCAUCAGACAGUUCGAGAUGGAGACCCUAUGAAAGUACACGAACGCAAAUCACGACAACGACCAAGUCAGUCAGAGCCCAGCCGGGAGCUGCUGUUGCUCCGGUUGUAGAAUCAGCCUGGAAUUCCAGUUCAACCGUGAAGCUAGUUGAAGAGGCAUUUCAACAGCAUGAAGCUGACUCACCAGAAGGCGUUGAGUUCUCCGCUCUAAGAUCAGAGACUUGGGCCCAAGAAAAGCCCGCUACCGAAACUGACAACAAGAAUCCCUUCCAAAUACCUGUCGCUCAACGUCCCAGAGACAAACAACUACAACAAGGCAAUCUAAAUUCCAAGCUGUCGGCUGCCGAGAAGGAACUCUUGUCUUUGUUACCCGAUCUUGGACCAGCGACUCUCUUGGUCGACAACUAUUUUGAUCGUAUCCACUGGUUCAUAUUAGUCUUUUACCAAGAUGAUUUUAGAAGAAAGUUCCAAGAUCUCUACAAAUACCCAAUUUCUCUUUCUGGUCCAUCCAGAGGUAUAGGCUUUGUAGCUGUCCUCUUGGCUGUUUUCGCGACCAGCUCGCAUCACCUCGGGGUGCAAAAGAGCAAGCUCAAAUCUCAUAAUAUCGAUCCCAAAGAACUGAAAGACCGGAUAUUGGGCGUCCUUAAAUUGAGAUUUUUGGAUGUUGUCUCAAGAGGUUCUCUUGAAGCGGUGCAAUUCUGCGUUUUGCUGGCAAGUUAUUAUUUGUACCACGGUGAACCUGGAAUGGCUUGGCCACUAUCGGGUUCUGGGUUGCGAAUCGCCCAAGCACUGGGACUUCAUCGAAAAACGACACCAGGAGAUUUUAGCGAUCAGUCUUUAAAUCAGCAGAUACAAGACCGGAAACGGGCAUGGUGGGCCGUCUAUGAGAUCGAUACGUUCUGCUCAAUGCUUUAUGGAUUUCCUCUGGGAUUUUCCGAUACCGAUUGCAAUGUCGAGCCUCUGGAUCCAUAUGAUAAGUACUCUGGAUCGAUAGAGAAGUCUCGCCAGACGAUGGGACCAUCGUUGUUGUUCUAUAAGUGUGCAAUAUCAAGGCUGUCGGCUAUUGUCAAGUCCGCAUUGGUUGAGCUAUAUGGGACUAGACAUGGUGAUCGGAAGGGAAAGGCCAGCCUAAAAGGUCUUUUCGAUAAAGUUACGGUUUUAAACAGGCGUCUCCAUGAGUUGCAUGGAAACUUGACUCCGAAGCUAAAAUUUGAUAGCCAUGACUCUUUGUCGGACACUACAGCGACGAGGGACCGCCAAAGAACUGGACACGAAUUUGAAAACUAUCUGUUCCACCUACAAGCACUUUCUCUCAAGCUGGCAUACGAGAAUGCGAGAAUUCUAAUCCAUAGGCCACUUCUAUCAUUCAGGCUGGCCAGCUCGACUUCAACAGACACAGCCACCUCGAAGGCUGACCCAUUUAGGCUGGCGAUGCAAGAGUGUAGGGAAGCUGCGCUCCAGAUAUCAAGGGUCGCUUCAACUCCAUACCUCUUAGAAGCAUCCGAGACAUAUGCUGUAGCUGUUGUGUCAUUGCACCUCUUGACGGCGAGUGUGACGCUGUGUAUUUCGAUAACCCUAGAUCCUUUUGCCUCCGACUCGACGGAGGCAAUAUCUGGAAUACGGCAGCUGAUGCAGGUACAGAACCUUCUAAAGGAUAGAUCAAUUGUUGCCGCACAGAGUCUGAAUAUCACAAAGAGAUUGAUGGAUCUUGUGAUGGCAAAAGCAGGCAACGAUAGGCCAGAGACUGCGCCUGUUAGUAGUGCACACUCAGACGUCCCUCCCGGAGAAGGAAGCAAAAAUAGCUCUACAGUGCCUGAUAGAAGAUAUUCUGGACAAGGGUCGAUUCUAACGACAAACAUGGAUUUGAGCUCACCGCCGACGGGGAAUAAUGGUAGCAUAACUGAUACACUGAGCAUGAACUACACAGAUCAAGAUAUUACUGUCUGCGCCGACGCGUCAGUGGAGGACACGAUUUUACAAUAUGAACAAGCGGCCAGCCUUCUAUCCACUGGAGAUAUCACAUAUGAUGCAGGUGACUCGUUUCUGGACAAUCAUUCCUUGGAACAGAACCAAGGCUGGAUAUGGAGUUGGAACUUUCUAGAAUAA